AUGAACAGCUUGAUUGAGAAGGUUAACAGACUGCAGGAUACGUUCACUACUCUCCGGGUGCCGAGCCCCAUUGAUCUUCCCCAGAUCGUGGUCAUUGGCAGCCAGAGCAGUGGAAAGAGCUCCGUCCUCGAGAACAUUGUCGGCAAGGACUUUUUGCCCAGAGGCUCCGGCAUUGUCACUCGCCGCCCUCUGGUUCUUCAGUUGAUCAACAUCCCUGUCGUCCCUGACUCUGACAACGAGUGGGGCGAGUUCCUCCAUCUUCCUGGAGAACGAUUCUAUGAAUUCGAUCGCAUCAGAGCCGAGAUUGAGCGUGUCACUGCUGCCACUAUCGGCAGCUCCCAGAGAGUUUCCGACGAUCCGAUCAACCUUCGCAUCUACUCUCCCAACGUGCUCACCCUCACCCUCGUCGACCUGCCUGGUCUGACCCGGGUCCCUGUUGGCGACCAGCCUCCGGACAUUGAGCAGCAGAUCCGUAGCAUGAUCAUGAAGUAUAUUGUCAAGAACAACGCCAUCAUCCUGGCUGUCACCGCAGCCAACACCGAUCUGGCCAACUCGGACGGCCUGCAGCUGGCUCUCGAGGUCGAUCCCCAAGGCAACCGCACCAUUGGUGUCCUGACCAAGGUCGACCUCAUGGACCAUGGUACCGAUGUUAUCAGUCUCCUGGAGAGCGAAAACACUCGGAAGCUCAAGUUUGGCUACACUCCUGUGGUCAACCGCAGCCAAAGAGACAUCAACCAGCGAGUGAGGAUCGAGGAUGCCCUUGAAGCCGAGAGAGAGUUUUUCCGGAUCCACUAUCCCACUCGCGCUCAUGAAUUUGGCACCGCCAACCUUGCCCAGAACCUGAGUGGGAUCCUGAGCAGCCACAUCCGCAGAACUCUGCCUGACAUCCAGCUCAAGAUUAAUGAGGAGACAACCAAGAUCAAUGAAUGGCUCAAGUCUACCGGCAAGCCGCUGACUGGUCCCGGUGCUACGCAUCCCACGGAGAUCAUCCACAAGGUCGUGAUCGAGUUCAGUAACGACUACAAGUCUGCCAUCGAUGGUUCGCACCGACAAAUUUCCUUUGAGGAGCUGACCGGCGGUGCCCGUAUCCUGAGAAUCCUCAGUACCACCUACACCGAGACGAUCACUCAAAUGUCGCCUAUGGAGUACAAAACGGACGAAGAGAUCCUCAAUGCCAUAUACGACGCUUCGGGUGUCCGACACGAUAUCUUCUUCGACAAGGGAGCCUUCGAGAAGUUGGCCCAUGCAGCCAUCCUUCGCCUCAAGCCUCCUAGCAUUCAGGCCGUUGAAGUCGUUCAUGCGGAGCUGAUCAAGAUUUCCGAGAAGCUCCUGGAAAAGCCGGAGUUUGAGCGGUUCCCAGAGUUGAAGCAGCGCUUCCGGGAAAUCGUCAAGAGCUACAUCCAAGCUACCACUGAGCCCACCAAGAGUCUCGUUGAAGACUUUGUGGAAGCCGAAGCCGGCCACAUCAACAGCGAGCAUCCUUUGUUCCAAGACACUGCCAACCAGCCCCUCCUGCCUGACGGCGCGGAUCAGGCCCCUCUCACUCCUCCGAACGAUGGAAUUCUGUAUCGACGCGGUGGAGCUCGAGGCGGCGUUGUGGGAGGACUCUUCGGAGUCCGAGGUCGACCGGAUCCCACACAGGCGAAUGCCAAUGCCAACAAGGCCAUCCAAGCUAUUGGCGACCAACCCAUUCAGGAGACCAUCGCCAUCGGCCCUCAGUUGAGCGAUCGGGAUCGCAAGAAGGUUAACAAGAUGAGGGAGUACUUGACCAAGUAUUACGACAUCGUUAAGCAGCAGACCGCUGACCACAUCCCCAAGGCCAUCAUCUACAAGCUCGUUACUGCCACCACUAGAGGCAUGUCCCAGGAGCUUCUGAGGCACCUGAAGGAUCCCAAGGAAGUCGAGGUCUUGCUGAGAGAGCCCAAUGAGCUGGUAGAGAAGCGCAAAGAGUCCGAGCGCACGAUCGAUGCGCUGAACCGGGCCAGUGCCAUCCUGAGCGAAUUUUCAUAGUUUGUGGGUGCCGCGAUGCUGAUUUGGAUUUGCUCAGACGCAGCAAAGGGUGGUACGGAGGAAUGAGAUGUGUGAGGAUCGAUCUGCAUCAUGCAAAGCCGUCGAUGAACACCAAACAGAGAAUACACAGCAUGUCUUUACAGUCUAUCC